CUCAUGUCAAUCUUGCAGCUGUUCCUCUCUGUAUGGAUCCCUCUCUCUGCCUGUCGCGCCUUGGACAGGUUCAACAGUGCGUGUGCGGGUGCAUUCAUUCGCAUCGUCCAUCUGCACACUAAUGUCUGUCUGAUUUCUCAUCCCAUCCAUCCCCCUAACUCGUUCGUCGGUUAGCUCUAAAAUCAGCCGGCGAGCCAAGCCAAGCCCUCUCAGACAAAUCUCCCGCCACCCAUGCAAUACAACACGACACUCAUCCACUCCACGUGUCUGUCCAUCCAUCGUCUUGUCAGUCAGUCAUCCUCGAUGGGAAUUUCCCAGGUGGGGUUCUUGGACAUGCUGUCGAACGUGUCGCCGAACUGCUUCUUGUACACCUCGUCCUCAUCCUGCAGCUCCAGCACCACAUCAGACCUCGGGUAAGACACGCAGGUCAAGGCAUACCCCGCCCUCUCCAUCUCCCGCGUCAGCCCGAUCUGCGGGUCCAUCUUGACCUCCCCCUCCCUCACGCGCACCGCACACGUGGUGCAGCACCCAUUGCGGCACAUCUUCUUGAUAUUCUUGAUCGGCGGCAGGUUCCGCGACUCCUCAAAGGAAAAGAAAAUGUACCGGUCCUCGGGCACAUCCUGGGUGUGCCGCUCGCCGCUGACCGGGUCGAUGAUGGUCACCUUGUACGUCUUGGCGUUUGGGUCGCCCGGCCAGGGCCCGCCCUUGUAUGGCUUGAUCCUGUCGCCCAUCUCCCACUUCAUGGGCGUGUCGUCGGCGUCACCAUGCCAUGGCCGGUACUCGCGGUCCUGGUGGAACCGGUAGGGGGAGGCCUCCUGCCAUGACGGCUGCUGCUGCUCCUCCUCUGACUCGUCAUCGUGUUGCGCAUCCUCUUCUUGACCCGCAUCUGCAGCUUCAAGCACAUCAGCUGCUGCGGUGGUCACGUCGGCCGUCUUGCUGACAGUUGAGGAAAAGAGCCGGCUGCUGCUGCUGCCGCGGCCAUGAGUCGUCAGCCGUAGUAGAUGAGGCGGCCUCAAAGCAGCCAUAAGGGGGAUGUCGUUGCGGAGCGUUGAUGACAGCGAAGAGGGGACGGUGAAGCUGCGGACGAAGGGCAGCGCCAGAAGGCCGCAGAGCCAGCACCAGCACAAGAGCGAACACGCCAACAUCAUGCUUGUCAGAGGGACAGCGCAGAUCUUGUCGUAUGGGACAUAGGUCUCGUCAAGCGUUCCCGCCACAUGCCG